GUGCUCAAAAGAGUUGAGCGAAGCAUCUGGAUCAAAGCAGCGGCAGCUACGUCUCAUCUGACGGCAGAGGACAGAGGGACACUCGGCCGCGAAACGCACAGCAUCUGUAAGAACGAGACCAAAAUGAAUCCGGUUUACAGCCCUUCACCAACAGGGGUUCCCUUUACCAAUACUAAAGGUUUAGGCUACCCAGCUGGAUUCCCUGUUGGCUACGCAACUGCUCCAGCGUAUAAUCCCAACAUCUACGCAGGAGCAAAUGCAGCCUUCCCGAGUGGUUACGCCCCGGGCACUCCUUUCAAAAUGUCCUGCUCUCCCAACACGGGCACAGUCCCACCCUACACCUCCUCGCCCAACCCCUACCCUGCUGCUGUUUACCCUGUCAGGAGCACCUACCCCCAACAGAACCCAUAUGCACAGGCAUUAAUACCCUCACAACAGCAGGGCACUUACUACACACAGCCGCUGUACGCUGCACCGCCUCAUGUUAUCCAUCACACGACGGUGGUCCAGCCGAACGGGAUGCCUGCCAUGUAUGCCCAGACCAUCCCUCAUCACCGCCCCAACGGCGUCACCAUGGGGAUGGUAGCAGGCACCACCAUGGCCAUGUCCGCUGGGACUUUGUUGACAACUCCAUCACCAGCAUCUGUUGCCCCCCACCCGGUCACGAUGCCCACAUAUCGGACUCCCGGCACACCCAGCUACAGCUAUGUGCCGCCGCAGUGGUGAAGAGAGGGAAGCGUUAGGAGAUGGUAGAUAUGCAUUCACACUCUACUCCAGUGUUUUCUGCUCUUGGUGAAGACCUGCUCUGCCAGAGUUUGCAACCAGUUACUCCUCUUCCAGCAUAAUGUGAAUCUUAAAACCCAACUUCAUACAGAGAGGGCGCCAUUCAGACAAGGAGGUGGUGAAGAAUCGGCCCUGUCCUCAUUAUCCUCUUCCCCUCUUCCCCUUGACGGAAUACGGCUGCAUCCCACGCCACUCCCCAGCGCCAGCACCUCUACGACCUGCUGCAUAUCUCACAUCAAACAGCCCCCAUGCAAACUUUUUUGUGGACUGUCAUGCAGGUUUUUAUAGCUUCAACUCUUUUAAGUGGUGAAAAGGGAGUUUUUUUUUUGUUUGGGGUACACCAAUGAUGUUGAAUGCAUGUGUACAUAUAGCUAUAUGAAGUAAUGCUAGCUCAAUCUACCUGCAGUGACAGAUGCAAAAUCAACAAAAAGGCACACAUCCAAAGGAACUAAAAAGAAAAGUAAUAAUCUCCGAUGCUGAAUCACCAGUGACCAUGUCUUAUAUGUGAAAUAAGAAAAGACGAGAAAUGUUUGUUCAUGCAAAACCAUACCUGCGCACUCCAGUGCAGACUAAACUGUGCUAUUUUCACUGCUUUGUGUUUUGGUGAGUGACGCUAGUUUUUAUUGUUACUUUCAGCGAUGCGGCGUAUGCAUUGUCAUGUCUUACCUUUUUUUUGUAUUUUAAGAGAAAGAUGGGACUUUGAGUUUGUGCCUUCGACUGAUGGCCAUUCCAAUAAUUAGUCGCUUUACGCAUGUUUUAUUUUUUCUGCCCUGUCACACGUUUAAGGACAAACUGCGUUAACUUUUCCCAAAGUCUGUAGCAGCUUUUGUUCCCUGCUUGAAACGCUUUUGGGUGAUUCAAAGUACUCACUUAUUUUAGCCACAAGUAUUCUGGGUUUGGGAGCAAGCAGAGGAUGUUUUUUUUAAUCAUUUGCAACCAUUGAAUGAGUAGAAACAGAGUUGUGUGUGUGUG